AUGGACAAUAGACCAGUUAAUUUAUUUCUACAAAAAAUUGAAGAAAACGCAAGAAAAGUAUUUUCGUCAUUGCCUGAAGAUAAUGGUGGCAAUCGCUCACGCCAAAGAAAUUGUACUCUGGUUAAAAUUAAAGAAGAAGAAACUGGUGAUGAAAUUCAGGAAUAUGCAGCAACUGCAAUGAGUGAAUUAUUAGGAUGGUAUGGCUAUGAUAAAGUGGAUAGUGGCUAUACAAAAAGUUUAAACCUGGAUCAUUUUACAUCUAUAUCUGAUGCAAAAAACCAAGCACUUCAAACUGAUCAAGAUAUUGUUUCAAACAAACUAAGAUUAAAAUCGCCAGUAGUGAAUACAUCUGAUUCAAUUUUUGAAGUUUCCAAUGUACCACUGUCUUAUUCUAAUAACAACUUAAUGUCUGUGAAUAGACAAUUAAUUUCAUCCCCCUUAUCAUUAAAACCAGUAUCUUUUGGUACUACAUCUAAAUUUCCAUAUGAAAGUUAUUCAAGUUCUAUUUACCCAGAUAAUGUAUCUUGUUCUUGGUGUGGUAAAAUCGUUCAAAUAUUUGAAUUAGAAAGAUCCAAUUCCUUUUCUUAUAAUAUGAUGGAUGCUUUAGGAUACUUUUGUAGUGAAAAUUGUUUCGCAGCUAGUAGAAGAGCAAUUUUUAAACAAGCAAAAACAUGUGACUGGUGCAGACAUAUACGAAAUCCAAUUAGUUACGUUGAUCUUCAAGAUGGUAAAAGUCAGCUUCAAUUUUGUAGCAAUAAAUGUUUGAAUCAGUACAAAAUGAAUAUUUUUUGCCAUGAAACACAAACUCAUUUAAUGCUUCAAGGUUUAAAUAAUGUUCCUUUUCAUGAUACAGAGAAGAGUGGUUUAAUAACACCAGAACUAUGGUUUCGAAGUUGUCAAUCACCAUUAAAUAGUCCUGCAGAGAAUACAUAUUUAGUUGAUACACAUUUGACUCAUGGUUUAUCAUCACCGCUUUGUGAGAACAGAUCAAUAGAAACAGAAGAAAUUGAUAAUGAAAAAUCAGUAGACCCACAUAAAAAAUGGCCCGGUAAAAUCAAUUCAGUGUGCACGAAGAAAUGUACAAAAUCCAAUAAUUGCAAUAAACAUAAAAAGAAUUUUUAUACAGAAAUUAAUGAACAUGAUAAAGAACAAUCUUUAGUAAAUGAGAAAAGCAAAUGUUGCCAUUCCAUGAUUAAUCAAACAAAUUGUAAAGAAAAUUAUUUAAGAAAAAAUAAUUUGAAUUGUAAGGACUUCAAACAGGAAUAUGCGAUGGAUACCAUGAAUAAUUCACAUAGCCCUAAAGAUAGCAACACAUAUUUAGAAAGGAACAUACAUGUAAAAAACAUCAGAAAUUUACAAGAAAAAGGAUAUGACACUCCAACAGAAAAUAUAUUACAAUCAUCAUCUUGGUUUUCAAACUCAACUUCACCUAUAAUGCAUCAUGAAAUUCCAUCUUUGUCUAAAUCUUGCAUAAAUGAACCUAACCAAAUAAGAUAUCAGAAUCAGACCAAUGUAUUUUCAAGAAGUUCAUCAGUUAAACAAUCCAAUCCAACUGAAUUAUUUCAUUCAUUACCUCCUACAACACUUCUGCCCCCUGUUACAGUUCUUGUACCAUAUCCUCUACCUAUACCUAUACCAAUUCCUAUACCUAUUCCAGUUCCUAUAUCAACAGCAAUUUUUAAUAAAUUAGUGACUGAUAAAGAAGAUUCCAUAAAUAUAAAAGAUUCAAAUUGUAAAAAUGUGGAAUGUAAAAAUUCAAUAGAAAAUAAAUAUUCCGUUUUUGAUAAGCCACAGAUUAAAACAACGAACUUAUCAACAGCAGAAGACUCACAGCAAGUAAAAUUAGAUAAGUUUUCUUUUUCAUCAUCAUCUCUGAAAACUAAUACUGAAAUCAAUGAUACUUCACACCAGUUACAACAGAAUAAAAAACUUUUAAGAAAAAGAAAACGCUCGAAUAAAAUCAUUAAUCAUGAACAUGAAAAAAUUCAGUUAAAAAAAAGGAAUAACUUUAUAGCAACUUAAAAGACAAUUUAUAAAAAGAUAUUUUUUAAUAAAAUGUAUAUAUUAUACAGAAUAUUUUUUAUUUAUAAUUAAUAACUUUAAAGCAAUAUAAGUAAUCAUAU